AACCAUAGAAGAAGACAAACCCGGAAGCACAUGGUGGAUGAUUGCUUUAAAUAUUAGAAAACAUCCAACACGAGCAGAACGUUUAGGUUAACUUUAAUUUAAGUCCGCAUGUAUUAAUUUCGUGUUUUGGUAGUUUAGGCAUCUCAAAGUUUUAUUUUCUGGCUUUUAGCGAACAGACCCAGGUUCAUCAUGGUUCGAGCGCUACGGAGGAGAAAAGUCCAGAGGCCUAAAAAGGUCAUGUCAUAUGAUGAAGAUGACCCUGAAGCAUAUAAGGACAUGCCGGUUCCUGACAAGAAAUCGUCUGAAUACAUAAAGGACAAGAUUGACGAGUUCCACGAUGAGAAGAUCGCUAAACUUCUCGCCCGCGGAGUUCAGCUGGAGAAUGAUGAAGAGGAACUGGACGAUGAGGAAGAAGUGAUGGCUCUCAAUAUUUCAGAAACGGAAGACGACGACGAGGAGGAGGAAGAAGAGGAGGAGGAGGGGACAGAUUUGGAAAGUGACUUGGAAGAGAAAAAAGAUGAAGGUGUGGCCAUCAGGCUUUUUCAAGCUUGUUUUACAGUUGAGCUCAAACGUUUAACUGGUAUUCUCUUGCUACCCUCAGAGCUUCCUAAUGUGAUGGCGUGGGGCACCAAGAAGAAAAUUUUCUAUGACUCAGAAUAUGUAGACAUCAAAGGUAAAUCACGUGAAGACUUAGAGGCUGAGGAGCAAGAGGAAGAAGAAGAGGCAAAAAAUAUCCAGAAACGAUUAGCAGCAAAUCUGAGCGAAGAGGAUUACGAUUUAAACUUUUUUCAGGAGUUUGCAGUAGAGGAGAAGGAAGGCAAGCCUGCAGAGAAACAGGAGAGGAUUGUUAAAGACUUAAAGCAAAUGUCUAAGAAAGAAAAAAUGAAGCUUUUGAAAAAAGAAUCACCAGAGCUGCUUGAACUUAUUCAGGACUUAAAGGCAAAGCUUAGUGAGCUGAAAGAAGAGCUGAAGCCUCUCAUGCAGAUGGUCAAGGAUGGAAAGAUCCCACCAGGAAAGGGGGCAGAUUAUCUUAAGACUAAACAGCAACUUUAUCUCAAUUACUGCACAAACAUCAGCUUUUACUUGGUCCUAAAAGCAAAACGAAUCCCUGCACACAACCACCCUGUGAUUGAACGACUGUUAACCUACAGAAACCUCAUCAAUGAACUUGGUCCAGUUGAUGCUCAGUUAGCUCCAGAGUUUCACAAACUACUAGCUGGUGACGAGAAAGAGAAAAGGAGCAGCAAAACAACCGAUGGAAAUAAGACCAAAAUCUCCAGUAAAAAGGACAUGGAUUCUGGAGAAACGCUGCCUGAGGAUGAAGACUCUGAGUCUGACCUGGACGAAGAAGCUGCUCUGCGCUUCUACAGAGAAGUGGAGGAACGGAUGAAGUUGAAGAGGAAGAGCAAAGGCCUAGAAGCUGAGGAGCUGAAGGAGGACCAUGAGGAGAUGAAGGAGCUGGAUGAAGAUGGGAAGAGGGGAAUCACUUACCAGAUGGCCAAGAACAAGGGGCUAACAGCAAAGAGGAAGAAAAUCGACCGUAAUCCCAGAGUUAAGCACAGAGAAAAGUACAGACGUGCUAAAAUCCGCAGAAAGGGCCAGGUCCGAGAAGCUCGUCGGGAGGAGACGAGAUACAGCGGGGAGAUGUCUGGUAUUCGUGCUGGUGUCAAAAAGAGCGUCAAACUCAAGUAACCAGGAGCGAGUUAAGGAUAUUCCUAAAAUAUUCUCCUGUGAAAAAAUAUCAGUUGAUUAUAUACUUAAAUAUUUUAAUAUCAGUGAAACUUUUGGCACAGUAGGUGUGGAAUCUUGAAACGCUUUUUUGAUAACGUCAAUAAAAAAAAUUUAAAAUC